CAGGCUGCCAACCGCCAAUCUGCGAGCUGCGUCUGGUGAAACUUCAGCUCAACAUCUCCUAUUCUGUAUAUCCACGUCUACGAUACUUUGUUUUUCAGUGAAUCUCGCUGAAUCUUUCCUUAUUCAAUUCUCUUUCACUUAUAACUGCUUUUCGAUACCCCCCGUUUUUCUUUCCAGCCAGUUUUGCGUGCUCACGGGCCAACCAGGCUCCAGCCUUGCAGCCUACUCUGUGAAGCAGAAAAACAAUAGGCCAAUUUCAUGAGCUUUGAGGCAUCACUAAUUCAAUUUGUUUGCGGGGCGUUGUCACUGCCGCUGCCACUGCAGCAAUAAUAAUGUCUUCGCGCACCACCCACAGUCUCUCAUCCACGAGAAUGUCACACUCAUCAAGACGCCGCGGGCCUCGUGUCAAACCAGACCCAGAGGAUAAUACUUCUAUGCCAGAUUCUGGAACUGUCAACUUCGGCAUUCGCACUGCUCCUCCUGCUCCCUCUAGUUACGGCGGCAGUACCAGCUAUAUUCCGCCCGAUCAGGCUUUCUAUCAUCAUAGAUCGGAUGCCCCAACACCAAGUGAACGCAUCACUGAACCUGAACCUCUUUUGAGGGAACUCAGGAUGCGUCCCAACGCAGCAGCCGAGAGCCCAACUAAUGUUCCCACGGAUGGGAGCUUCUUUCAAACCUCCUUCCAGGACAUCGGAAAGAAACUCAAGGCCUGCAACGACACUCUGGGUGAGCUUCAGCAGCUUGGUGUUGACCACGAUGUUCCACUUCCCGAGCUUGUGCUUGUUGGCGAUCAGUCUGCAGGAAAAUCUAGCUUGAUGUCAGGUCUCGCAAAUCUCGACCUCCCGCGCAGUGAGGGCACAUGUACACGAUGCCCGCUCCAUAUCAGGGUAUCACGAAGUCACGAUCCCUCUUGCCGUGUAUCGCUACGCAAAGCAUACUCCUAUCAACCCCCGCCUAGUGGCCGCAUUUCGGAAGGGGAUGUCACUGACAGAGAUCCUUUCUUCCCCUGGCGCAAACUACCAUCCAGUGCGACUCACGAGUUCAAGACGAUGAUCGACUACAGCGAGAUUGAAGAUGUUUUGAGAUGGGCCCAAAUCGCUAUUCUCAAUGACGACAAGAGUCACGAGCUAUUUGUCCCUGGCUCAGGUGCCCUAGCUGUGAACAUCCCCAUCGACAGAGCCGCCGAAGCAGUUGCCGCGAAGUUUUCGCCGAAUAUCGUUGCACUUGAGAUCAAAGGUCCAGAACUCCCUGACCUUUCUUUCUACGAUAUGCCUGGUAUUUUCCAGAACCCUGCUGAUGCAAGUGACGACUAUCUUGUUAGUGUCGUGAGGAAUCUGUCAAAGGAGUAUAUCCAGCACCCGUCUGCUAUUAUCAUGUGCUCUAUGCCAAUGAACAGCGAUGCGGAGAAUUCUUCAACUUUUGGUCUUAUACGUAGACUGGGCGCUCUUAACAGGACAAUCGGCGUUCUGACCAAGGCUGAUCUGAUACCGGAGGGUGGAAACCACGAGCAAUGGCUUGCUAUCAUGAGGGGACAAGCUCAUAUUGCCGGUCUGGGGUAUUUCAUUACUUCCCGGCCACAGGGCAAGGACCUUGAUGAGCUCAAGAAAUGGGAAGAGCUAGUUUUCGUGGAUCAUUCUCUCGAGCGAUGGCCUGCAACCUUUCAUGGCUUUUCGGAGCGAUGUGGUGUGGAAAAGUUGAAGGCUUUCCUGUCGGAAAAGCUUGGGCAAGAAUUCGCGAAAAGUCUACCUCAUAUCAAGCAGAAGCUAAGACAGCGCCUCACUGACAUCGUUGAGCAACUCGAAAAGCUACCAGAACUACCUGACAAUGUUGAACUCGAGGUCCAGACCAGUGUUAUGGAGUUUGGUGAACUGACCCGAACACAACUCAAGCCUUCCGAGUUCUCGAAGCAUUUCGUUCCGCUCCCGGAUAACUUUCGUGACUGUCUGCUAGACAUGAAGCCCAAAUUUACCCUCAGAGAUAGCAGUGACAUUCCUGUUGUUGAUAUCUCUGAUGAUGAGUCAGAUGCAGGGUCCGUGGCGCCGGCCAUCAACCCACAUACACCUAGCAAACGACGGACGAUGGCACCGCCUAUAACGCCAUCUAAACGAGUUCGCAUGGAGCAAACCCCAGCAGGGACCCCCUCUCGAUCGUUACAGCCUGAAGACAGUAGGGCCAGCGUGGCCAACUCCCCUGCGCCCCGUCGGCAACUCUUCCCAGCCCCAUUUACUCCCUUUAGUGGAGUUGGGCGAGGUUUCAGGACUCUUCGACAAGUUCGUGAUGAGAUCAAGUCUAAGACCAGAGCUGGCGUACCUGACAUCAUUACGGAAGAAGUCUAUAACGACAUGUGUCGAGAAGCCAUUGAACCAUGGUCAGGACCCAUGAAAGCAUUUCUCGAUCAUGUUAUGAGCCUGUUGGAUGAUAUGCUUGAUCAGGCACUGGCCAAGUCUUUUGCAAGUCUCAACAAGCGGCUGAUCUUCCGGGAGUGCAGGAAAAUUUUGACAGAGUAUCUCAACGACCGUCGCCGAGAAACAGCGGGGGCACUUGAUCUUGUGUACCGCCUCGAAACAUACGGCCUGUUCACUGUCAAUCAGGAGGCAUUUCGUAGAUAUCAAAAGGAUGAACAGAUUCUCUUAACGCGUUAUCGCCACCAAAUGCGUAUGCAGGCCGCAGGGUAUGGGGAUGGUCGGGCUCCUGUUCCGUGGGAAAGUCUAACAGAGGAGAAGCGGGUACUCGACGAAAAGCGACGUGAAAACGAGUUGACAAAACUUGGGCCGGACUCCUUCGAACGGGAGCUGGAAGUGGUGGCUUAUGUUAGAGGCUACUACCGCCUUGCAGCGCUGAGGUUCGCGGAUGCCGUGGCGUUGCACAUUACAAAUGGCAUGAUACCGCAUAUCCAGCGAAAUUUGCCCUUCCAUCUCGACCGAAAGUUAGGCAUUGCUGGAGCCGAUGCCAAGAGUGUUUACGAGAGACUCAUGGAGGAAGAUUCCGAUACCGCAGCCAGGCGGGGAACACUCAGGGGAGAGCGCGAGAAGUUUGUGCGGGCUCUUGACAGCAUCGAGGAACUGGAGCGUGGAGCUGGCAGUAGCACCCUUUCGGAGGAAGAAAAUGAUGACGAUGACAUGGUCGAUGUCCCCCUCAUGAGCGGCGCACUUCCCGCCGAGGAGAUCUGAAUCUUUUGUCAUCACAUAACCUGUUUCGACACCCAUGUGGUUGGAGCUUGUCACGUUUACUACAGUUGAUCAUCAGCAGCUGCUGGAGAAACGUUUGCAUUGAGAAGGUUUAUUUGUGUGUAACUGGACUGUUGUUUAUUCCCUUAUUACAAUGUUUGCUAGGGUAAGGAAAAGUAUUGAUCAUGAGUCGAUAGAAACUCGAAGCUGUGUAUGGGGAAAGCUGCUUAGGUUCUUACGUGUGCGGGUAAUGGAAAUGAUCUGUCAAUCAACCACGUCGGUAAGGGAGGCCUCGCGGGAAAGCCUCUAGUUCUAGCUCAUCCGGUCAUUUGUUGUGUAUAUCAUCAAAAGAGCCACGUAGUAGCAAAUGACAAUUACAUUUAGAGAUGGGGUUCAAGACUGUCCCGUUCCCGAGUCUAGCGGAUCAAGCUGCAUCACAAGGAACGGCAAAAUUAAGGUG